GCUUCAAUGACCUCCUCCAUUCCACAAAAUUGCCGGCAUUAGCGAACACCAACCAGUGACAUCGACUUAAAUCAAAGGAUAGACAGGGACUUGAAGUACUUCGACCGUUGUUUGGCACGGGUAAGCUCGAAUACGACGAAGUGCAUGACGUUACGGGAAUCUUGGAUGCAAGUCUGCCUCCACCUUUAAACGCUCCGAACUCGCACAACGGCUCGGGUACCUGUUCCUGGAAAUCUCGAUCCAUAGUUAUCUUCAUUGGGUAACAAAUCAAAAAGGUUUAUCAUUGCGCAGUCCAGGAGUAUUGGUAGCGGAGAACGGGCGCCUGAACAUAAAGAAAAUUUUCAACUUGCACCGCUGUAGAGCAACAAGAAACACUAUUUGAGUGUGAUUGCGUGCUUCUGAAUGGAAUCUACACGAUCUCUGCAAUGACUCUACUUCGCGACGACGAGGACAAUUCCGUCCAAGAACCCAAUGAGGACACUCCCCUGCUGAAGGCGCCCGAUGAGGAGAAUUGGACGCCGCCGCGGGGUUUCGUGUGGAUUGAGUUCGCAAUCUUUGCGAAUGUCUUCCUAUAUGGGUUCGAUGGAACGAUUACAGCAGCUACCUAUGCUAUUAUCAGUUCCGAUUUCGAUGCAGCCAAUACGGCCUCUUGGUUGACAACCUCUUAUCUUGUUACGAGCACCGCCUUCCAACCUUUGUAUGGCCGAUUCUCAGAUAUCUUUGGUCGGCGCAUCUGUUUUUUCGUAUCUACUGUCACCUUCGCUGCAGGAUGUCUCGGCUGUGGCCUUGCUACCAACAUUGUCCUGCUCAAUUGCAUGCGUGCUUUGACGGGCUUUGGAGGUGGAGGUCUGAUGACAAUGGCAACUAUCGUUAACUCGGACAUGAUUCCUUUCAAACGGCGAGGAAUGUACCAAGCGCUGCAAAAUGCGAUGUUCGGUUUUGGCGCAAUUUGCGGUGCCUCCUUUGGUGGCUCUGUGGCCGAUAGCAUUGGAUGGCGAUGGUGCUUCCUUCUGCAAGUACCUAUUUCUGCAAUCGCCCUUUUCUUGGGUUAUCUGGUUAUUAAGAAUCCCCUCGAACUCCAUCCUACCUGGCAGGACAUUCGUGCCAAGGUUGAUUUUGCUGGAGCACUCCUCCUAGUCACUGCUAUAUCUAUCCAGCUCGUCGGCUUAAGCUUAGGUGGCAACGAGCUUCCGUGGAGCAAUGGUUGGGUUAUUGGGUCUCUGGUCGGCAGCCUCGUGCUUCUCGCUCUCUUCAUCUAUGUCGAGGCAACAACAACAGCUAUCCCAGUGAUACCGUUACGUCAACUAGUUGGACGAAACCCAGUUGCGGUGCAAAUAUCUAAUGUCUGUGCUGGCACAGCAGCUUACGCGUAUCUGUUCAUGUUGCCUCUAUUCUUCCAAGUCGUCCUCCUCGAUUCUGCAACAAAAGCGGGCGCACGAUUGGCGAUCCCCUCACUUGCGACACCAAUCGGUGGUCUCAUCUCCGGCGUUGUCAUGUCACGCUGGGGAAGACUGAUCCCACUGGUUCGAAUCGGAGCUACAUUGAUGACUUUUGGAAACGCUUUGGUCACUUCUCUCUCUUUUCAUGACAAGACAUGGAAAUAUCUGGUUUUCAUCUUUCCAGCGAACCUUGGACAAGGAAUCAUCUAUCCAGCCAUCCUUUUCACCACACUUGCUUCAUUUGACCAUGCAGACCAUGCGGUCUCUGCGUCUACAGUGUAUCUUAUCAGAUCACUUGGGAGUGUAUGGGGGGUAGCAGUUACCGCUACAAUCGUGCAAAACACUUUGAGCUGGAGACUUCCCGGCGCACUGGCUGAUGUACCAAAUAAGGAUAAGAUCAUUGAUGAUAUCCGUCAUUCCGUAACUGCUUUGCAUCAUCUUUCUCCAGAGAUUCAACUCAAGGCUCGCUUGGUGUAUUAUGACGGUAUCCGGUAUUCAUUCGCAGCGUCAACAGUCAUUGCUGCAAUUGCUAUUAUUGCGAGCUUGUUUGCAUAUAAUGCGGGUUUACGGAACACACACUGAGUUUGAUUUUACUUAGAUAGAGGCACAUUUGGAUAGAUUACGAUUACAACCCUAUGGAAAUGGCUUUAUGGGCAGAGCUAUUGACACAGUCCCGGGUACCACAGAAAGACCCAUGCAUGAAACUAGAUAAAUUGAAGGGAAUUCACUACGCGUAGUAAAAUGUCUUUCUCCGCGGCCUUAUUCAAGUAUUCAGUCUAGCAGAGCGAAUUAGAAAUGCAC